AGUCUCAACGUCUCUGAAGUGGCUGCCUCACCGUGUCGGACCGGAGGCCACCCGGUCUCCGAUCUGGUCGGAGGAGACUCGACGCGCUCCAUCGGGGCAAGGCUGUGCGCCUCCCGGAUCAGACCGGAGCCGCCGCGCGCUCUCGAGAUGGACGUGAUGGAAAGAGAAGUCAUGGACAAGCUGGACGACAUGACGUCCGUGUACGACUUCGACCCCAUCACCGGCAACAUCCCCGCCACCAAGGUGGAAGUCACCGUCUCCUGCAGAAAUCUUCUGGAUAAAGACACAUUCUCCAAGUCCGAUCCAUUGUGCGUCCUCUACACACAAGGUGUGGAAACCAAACAGUGGAGAGAGUUUGGCAGAACCGAAGUGAUAGACAACACCCUGAACCCCGACUUUGUUCGAAAGUACAUCUUGGACUACUUUUUUGAAGAAAAGCAGAGUCUUCGCUUUGACUUGUAUGAUGUUGACUCCAAAAGUCCAGACUUGUCCAAACAUCCCGCAGAACAAAACGACUUUUUGGGUCAAAUGUUCUGUACUCUCGGGGAGAUUGUCGGAUCACCAGCCAGUCGACUGGAAAAACCUCUCGGGGGGAUACAAGGGAAGAAAUGCGGUACGAUCAUCCUGUCUGCAGAGGAGCUGAGCAAUUGCAGAGACAGCGCUACUAUGCAGUUCUGCGCCAACAAGCUGGACAAGAAGGAUUUCUUUGGGAAAUCAGACCCAUUCAUGGUUUUCUAUCGAAGCAAUGAAGAUGGAACGUUUACGAUCUGCCAUAAAACAGAGGUGGUGAAGAACACAUUAAACCCAGUGUGGCAGCCAUUUACCAUUCCUGUCCGGGCACUUUGCAAUGGCGACUACGACAGAACAAUCAAAGUAGAAGUGUAUGAUUGGGACAGAGACGGUGGCCAUGACUUCAUUGGGGACUUCACCACCAGCUACCGAGAGUUAGCCCGAGGGCAGAGCCAGUUCAAUGUGUAUGAAGUUAUAAACACCAAGAAGAAAAUGAAGAAAAAGAAAUAUGUCAACUCCGGAACUGUGACUCUCCUCUCGUUCUCUGUGGAGUCUGAGUUUACCUUUUUGGAUUACAUCAAAGGAGGGACGCAGAUCAAUUUCACGGUGGCUAUCGAUUUCACAGCCUCUAACGGUAACCCCUCUCAGUCCACGUCACUGCACUACAUGAACCCAUACCAGCUCAACGCUUAUGCCAUGGCACUGAAGGCUGUCGGGGAGAUUAUUCAGGACUAUGACAGUGAUAAAAUGUUUCCCGCUCUUGGUUUUGGAGCCAAACUGCCCCCCGAUGGACGGGUUUCGCACGAAUUUCCACUGAAUGGAAACAUCGAGAAUCCUUACUGCAACGGAAUAGAGGGAAUCUUAGAAGCCUACCACCAGAGUCUGAAGACAGUGCAACUGUAUGGGCCGACCAAUUUUGCACCAGUGGUGAACCAUGUAGCAAGGUAUGCGGCGUCAGUGCAGGACGGCUCCCAGUACUUUGUGCUCCUCAUCAUCACAGACGGAGUCAUAUCUGACAUGUCUCAGACCAAAGAGGCCAUUGUAAAUGGCGCGAAGCUUCCAAUGUCCAUCAUCAUUGUCGGCGUGGGUCAAGCUGAAUUUGACGCGAUGGUGGAAUUGGACGGUGAUGACAUUCGAGUCUCUUCCCGGGGGAAACUCGCAGAGAGAGACAUUGUCCAGUUUGUUCCCUUCAGAGAUUAUAUGGACCGUACAGGUAACCACGUGUUAAGCAUGGCCCGGCUGGCCAAAGACGUGCUGGCAGAGAUCCCCGACCAGUUCAUUUCCUACAUGAAGAGUCGAGGGAUUAAACCUAACCCGGCCCCGCCACCUUACACGCCAGCCGGACUCACGCACCAUCACACGCACAUCUGA